AUGCGGCCUGCAAGACUGGAAUCUACCUCAGCUAGCCCCGUAUACUAUACUUUUAUUUAUUUGCCAGUCAGCAUUGACCCCAUCGUGGAUAUCCCGAUAAUUGGGGAAGAGAGAGGCUGGCAUUGCGUGUCGCCCCUAUUUAUAUCCGUAGAAAUUCUAGAUGUUUCGAGAUCCAAGGCGGGAAGAUAUGAGUGUUCCGAUAAAAAUGAAGUCGUCAAUCGACACAAUGACCAAGCCACCGACACAGUUUUCACGAAUAGUUACUGGAGAUUUAUGACAUUGAUCAUAGAAAGCGGGAUACUCAGCGUCAUAUUGCUUCAGGAAGGCUAG